AUGGCAACUAUGACGAUGUCAGAGCUGGAAAUGGCAACUGCCACAGCAUCUUCACGACAACUCAAAACUCCUGGCGAAGGAUUAUUGACUCAACGCGAAAACCCUUUCACCACGACCGAGUCCUCCCCUGAAGGAUCGAUAAAAGACGACCCCGUCCUCGAAGCAUCGCGGCUCGCCGACCUCGAAGCCCCCGAUGGCGGCCGCGGCUGGGUAGUUGUGGCUGGAUGUGCCAUCUUGACGUACUGGUUCAUGGGCACCAGCUACUCGUGGGGUGUCAUCCAGAAUGCUCUGGUGGAAGAUGAUGUGGGCUCGGCGGCGUCUCUUUCGUUCGUCGGGUCAGUCGCCACGGCGAUGGUUUCUGCAAUGGCUCUCAUCACAGCUAAGAUCAGUGGGCUGCUUGGGUCGCGAUAUACAUGUAUGAUUGGUGUUGUGAUGCUGGGACUUGGAGAAAUCCUCGCUGGGCUUACAACCCAUGCUGUUGGUGGGCUUUUUGCAACGGCUGGGGUUGUGUUCGGGACGGCGUCUGUCGCCCCGGCCCAAUGGUUCUCCAAGAAGCGCGGUCUCGCCAACGGGAUCGUUUUUGCCGCUGGUGGUUUAGGAGGUGCUGUCACGAGUCUCGCCAUGAAUUCUCUCGUGGAGGCCGUCGGCCCUGCAUGGACCUUUCGAAUUCUUGGGUUUCUCAUCAUUGGUAUCGGCCUGCCAGCUGCUUGGCUCGUGCAAGAGCGUCGGAAAGUCCCUAACAGGUUCCUCGACUGGAGUCUUUUCCGCAACAUCAACUUCGUUCUCUUGUUUGCUGGAGGCGCCAUCGGUUCGUUUCCCCUUCUAGUACCGCCCUUCUUCAUCCCUCUCUACAGCCGUUCCAUCGGGUUGGAGUCGAGGACAGGUGCGUACCUUGUCGCGGGCUUCAACUUUGCCUCAGCAAUAGGAAGGAUCAGUUCGGGGCUAUUGAGUGACAGGAUUGGGGCUGUCAACGCAUUGUUUUCAGCAUUGACGCUGAACGCGCUGACUAUCUUGGUCCUGUGGCCUUUUGCCACUUCGAUUGGAACGCUCGUCGCGUUCGUCAUUAUCAACGGCAUGUCGAGUGGCGCAUUCUUUUCGGCGAUGCCCACGACGGUUGGCAAUAUUUUCGGCUCAACUAGAGUCGCUGCCGCCAUGGGCUUUAUUGUCACCGGAUGGGUUGGUGGCUUCAUGAUGGGUGCUCCAAUUGCUGGAUAUAUGCUCGACGCCUUUGGUGGAAGGCAAGCUGGCUCAAAACCCUAUCGUCCUGCUAUUUUCUGGGCCGGAGCAAUGGCCUUGACGGCAGCGAUAUUGAUAGGGGCCAUGAGGGUCAGGCUCUCUAGAAAGUUAAUGGUCAAGGUCUAA